UCUGCUGCUCGCCUUCAUGACCCUGUGGCCCGAGUCCGUGAUGAUACAGCGCGGCAACCACGAGUGCCGCUUGCUCAACAUGGACUUCAACUGUGGAGGAUUCUACGGCGAGGUGCUCGGCAAGUACGGGAGGACGACGAGCACUGGCCAGCUGGUGUACGAGAAGUUUUGUCGCGUUUUCGCCCUCUUGCCGCUGGCGGGCAUCGUGGACAAUCAGAUCUUCGUG